CGAAUGCGGUGGACUCAUCCAGAACAACGCCCCAACACACACUCAUGUAUGAGUAUGCGCGGCGUGUCCUAACGUGCAGGUACACUGCAGUUAAAAGUCGACUGUAGGAGAAUCACCAGGAUAUUGGACUAGCGUGCGAUGAGAGGACAACAUGAGGGCCAGCUGGAUGUACCUCUGCACACUUUUCUUUGCAUUUUGUGUCGUCGUGGCAACAGACAAAGAGGUCCUUUGCAACUGCGGUGGCCGAUCUGCGUGGUGCCUGCGGGAUGAGCUGGGUCUGCGUUGCAUCAACUGCGAGGGGAACAGCGAAGGCCGUCGUUGCGAGCGCUGCAAAGAGGGCUUCUACAAACAGGAGGCGUCACUGAGCUGCACAUCGUGUGGCUGCCAUGCCGCGGGUUCUGUCAGUACCAUGUGUGACCACAGGGGACAUUGUACCUGCAAAGAAGGUGUAACGGGAGAAAAGUGCAACCGCUGCUCAAAUGGACCAAUCGGACAUAACGGCUGCUUACAGAGGUUGAAAAAAAAAGAACUUCCUUCAGGGACCUUUGACCUUUCACUAAACUUCCUGUUCUAUGUUGAUUAUAGACGCCGACCCAGGGAAGAUUCUGGUUCUCCGUUGUGUUUCUGCUACGGACACAGCAAACAAUGUUCUCCUCAGUCCAUUUACACGGUCCACAACAUCACCUCCACCUUUGCACAUGGACCGGAAGGUUGGAAGGCAGCGACCUCACAUGGACUCACGCCGGCAGAUGUCCACUACCGCUGGUCGCCAAAGCACCAGGAUGUGGAGGUCAUCUCCAGAAACAGCCUACCAGUCUACCUUUAUGCUCCAGCUUCAUACUUGGGCAAAAGGUUGCUAAGUUACGGCCAGAACUUGUCUUUCUCAUUGCGUCUGGACCGUGGCAUUCCACACCCAUCUAUCAAUGAUGUGAUUCUGGAAGGUUCUGGUCAGAGAGUGUCCGCCUCGCUGGGCGACCUGCGCUCCGUGGUUCCUUGCGGACAGAAACUCAACUACACAUUCAGACUGGAUGAGAAGCCAGAAAGCAGGUGGCACCCCCAGCUCUCCCGCUUCCAGUUCCAGACACUCCUCCAGAACCUGAGCGCCAUCAAGAUACGUGCCACCUUUGGAAACGGAGGACGGGGUUACCUUGACAACGUGAAACUGGUGUCGGCAAAGCGACAGGAUGGAGUCCUUGCCGACUGGGUCCAGGUCUGUGUCUGUCCGCAGGGAUACGAGGGUGAAUUUUGCGAACAAUGCUCAGCCGGUUUCAAGCGCCAGAAGGCCAUGGAUGGUGCCUUCAGCCCAUGCGAGCCCUGCAACUGCAGAGGGGGCGACUGCGACCCGCAAACGGGCGACUGUUACCCUGCUGACGAGACGCAGAGCUGCUCGGACGGUUUCUAUUGGGACCUCUGGACCCGAGCCUGCAUGAAGUGUCCCUGUCCCGAGGGAGUGUUGUGCUCACUGGUUGCUGGAUCAGCGCAACCUCAGUGUCACUUCUGUCCACCUGGAACCACAGGUGUUCGCUGUGAUGAGUGUCAGGAGGGGUUUUACGGUGCGCCUGCAGGGAUCCCUGGAGAGCGGCGAGGAUGCCGACCUUGCGAGUGUAACGGCCACAUUGACGUCAGAGUGGCGGGAAGCUGCGAGCGCACGAGUGGCGAAUGUCUCAAGUGUGUCAACAACACGAUGGGACGGCAGUGUGACAUCUGCUUGCCAGGAUUCUAUCACCGCAGAUUGGCUGACGCCUGCAGACCGUGCAACUGCGACCUUCAAGGCUCGGAGUCAGCGCAGUGUGACGACGACGGCCUUUGUCGCUGCAAGCCGGGAUUUGAGGGGUCAAAGUGUCAGACGUCCCGCGAGUGUCCCAUUUGUUUCAACGCUGCCAAAGCCAAGAUGGAGGCGUUUGCCAUCAAACUGCAGCAACUGGAGGCGCUGAACUCGCAGAUGGGCAGUGGCUUCCAACCCGCCAACAUAUUGGGCAUGCUGAGUGCCGCAGAGACACUGGUCAACGACCUCGAGGGCGAUGCUAAGCGGCUAACUGACAUGGACAAGCGGGUGCAAAAAAGCCUCUCCUCCAUCGGCAAAGCACAACUGUCUGAGGAGCAAGACAUCGAGAACAUAGCUGACGCGAGCGCCGACAUCAAACAACAUCAACAGACCUACAAGGCCAAAGUGGCUCAGCUUAACGAUUUAAUGGAUGACAUGAAACGCAAACUGGGAGAGGCCAAGGCAGACCUUCGGUCCUUCAAUGUUGCUCUGGGAGACGCCCCGCAGGGUCCAAAUGUUUGGUCUGCUUUGGCGAAGACGGCGUCAGGCUUGGCUGAUAAACAUCAGACAAAGGCGGGUGCGGUGGAUCGGAGCGCCAACGAAGCUCUGAGUGAUGCCCAGAAAGGUCUGGCGCUGGUGCGGACGCUGAUAAACAAGGAGAACAAAGUCAAAGAUCUGAUUGGAGACGUGAAAAAUGCGUACGACCACAUGGCGGCCCAGACAAAGGGUUUAGAGAAUCGAGCGGUGGAUGUGAGUCAGGAGGCCACAGAUGAGAGCAACUUGGCAGACGACAUGGCAGAAGACAUUACCAGGAUGGAGCGAGACAUCCCAUCCGGUCUUAAGGAGGGGACAGACGCCAUGGCUGCCAAGUUGGAUUUCCUGCGAGAAGCUGUCGACGAGAACACAGCAGAUUUUGAGGCUCUUCAGGACGAAAUGUACCGAGACAAAGUAGCCACCCAGGACCUCUUGGCACAAGGCAGAAGUGCUCAGCAGGAAGUGGACACACUAACAAACAGAGUGAACGCCGCCAAGGCUGACACUGAAGGGGCGCUGCAACGCAUCAACAGCAACACCGACAAGCUGGAUGGCGCCCUCGACGCUCUGAGAGGCUUUGAUCAACAGAUUGUCAACAACAAGGCACUGGCGGACGCCGCUAUCAAGCGAUUUCCGAUCAUUGAUGCGACCAUCCAGAAAGCCGACAAAAACAACGCAGAGACGCUAGCAUUGCUGGAGAACGCGUCAGAAGACUCCAAUGGAGUGAUGGAGUCCAUCAACCAGCUGGAGAACAUGAUCCCCAAUCUGGAGGGAAUGAUGAGGUCAUUACCGCCUCAUGUGGGCCUGAUGACCAAUGCCACUAAAUUGAACGAGGGUGCCAAAGAUCUGCGUGCGCAAGCAGGCGAUUUCGCUACAGACCUUGAAGACAGGCUCCACCAGGCCAGAAGACAGACGGCGGAAGCAGAUGAGGCUGCUUUAGGAGCCGACUCGGCGUGGGCGAACGCCAAACGGGCCAGAGAUGCCGCAGGAAGAACACUGCAAAACAUCAACAACAUGCUGGCCAACCUCAACGAGCCGGGUUCGCUGGACAUGGAGCGUCUCAAGCAGCUGGAGGACUCGCUGGCUGCCGCACGCAACAACGUGGAGGCAAAUCUGAGGCCUCGGCUGACGGACGCGACAUUGCUCGAGGCUGCUCGGCGCCGCCAGCUGGAUGCUAUUAAUCGGGACAUCGAUGCCAUCUUAGCAGACAUCACCAACCUGGAGGACAUCCUGAAAGCCAUCCCCAACGGCUGCUUCAACGGAUCCCUAAGGGAGCUUCAGUGAGAGGAGGCCAUUUUGUUUCCACUUGGCGAUGGACUUAAGUUUUGUAUGACCCAAUCCAACUUCCUGCAUUAAUGCACAUUAGUGGACAUCAGCAGCUAUGCUCACAUUUUGUUAUUUUUCUAUUUAUAUAAUAAUGUGUACAUACAACUUUGUCACUUCUGCCAACUUAUUAUCAGAUCAAUGGAUCAAUAUUUAAUUUGUAACGUAAGCUAAUAAGCUAACCAUUGUAACGUAAUAAAUACAUUGUAGAAUGUUGACUGGAACACACAUAGUCA